AUGGGAUUUCUCGAUCAUUUCCGCUCUAAGAAAGGCACUGCGAGCGGCAAACUCGGAGAUUCGGCAUUGACGAACCCAUCGCCAUUAGCCCAGAAACAUCCUAAUAAGUAUGAGGAUCCUGUGCUCUCGAAGAAGCCGUUAACACCUCGUGAGAUCGAAGAGCCGCACGCCAAACUAUAUCCUAAAAAACACGAACCUAAAGCCUUGACGUCUCCAAGGCCACCAUUCGACCCACUGGAGUACAAUGGCCCUCUUGCAGCGGCUUUGGCUGAGAGGGGACUUGCCGCUUCAAACCAGCGCACAUAUACACAGUCGCAAUCGUUGCUGUUCAGUCGGCUACCUCGAGAAAUGCGCAUGCAAUUAUGGCGUUUUGCUAUAGGUAGCCAGAAGUUGUAUCUCACCAUUAAGAAAGGAAGGUUGGUUCAAGCGCAAAAAAUCACCGACGAUGGCUGGUGGCCAAAACGAGACUUAUUAAACGUACCACUUGUAUGCCGAGCAGCCUACGUUGAAUCUAUUGCUUACUUAUACUCUUCCAACACGUUCUGUGAUGGCUUUGGUUAUGAAGGUACUAAGCAGCCCUUCACACUACUACCCAACUUUCUCCUUCCAGAGCACAUUGCCUCUAUUAAGCAUAUCGAAUUUGGCUGGCAUUUUGCCCUCGGCUACAGCCAGUAUUUUGAUAGCCACCCGCAAGCAUGGGAUCCUUCUAUCACCAUUUGCGCACCUAAUGGCGAGGAAGUCUGGCGCGAUGUUUGGGCUAAACUAGCCAGGCUGCCUCAUUUGAAGACUUUGAGGGUUGCAGUAUGGGCGUCUGGAGAUCAAAGGACGCAAUUAAUUGGCAAGGAGGAAGAGCUUCUGGCACCAUUGGCAGAGAUGAAACAUGUGGAGCAUUUCCACAUCAUAUUACCACGGGAGCAAGAAGAUGGCUCACUGUGGAAGGAUGCACUGUUCAGCAUUUCUAGAGAAUUUCAAAAUGUAGAGAGAUAUGGUUAA